GAAAUCAUUCCUUACUCUCAGCGCAUAAUAGAAUAUUGUCUAUUAUUUGAAAGUUAAAUAUUAUUUAAAGUUAAUAUUUUUAUUUUUAAAUUUUAUAAUAAUUAAAUUAAAAAUUUAAAAAUGGUUAAACUUUGCAUUUUUUUGGUAUUUUUAUGUCUUGCUGUUAUGACUGUUAUGAGUGCACCAAUGGAAGAAGAUGAAGGACGAGCUGAUAGGCAAAGAAGAGUGACUUGUGAUCUUCUGUCAGUCGCUGGCAUGGUGGGAGACAGUGCUUGCGCUGCCAAUUGUUUAAGCAUGGGAAAAGCUGGAGGAAGUUGCAGUGGUGGCGUCUGCCAAUGUCGCACAACAAAGAUCAAGGAUUUGUGGGAUAAACGAUUCGGUUAAGACUAUAAUAAUACAGCGAAAGUGUUUUGGAGAAAUUUAAAAAUGCUGGAAGACUAUACUGAAUUUCUAGAAGAACAACUAUAUUUAUUAUUUGUGAGAAUGAGACUUAUCGACAACAAGAAUUAUAUUAUUUAGGAUAUAAAUUUAUAAUAAAUUGUCGAAAUUCA